AUGGCCUCUUCCGUCCCCGAGGCUGCGAAUGCCUUGAAGGUCAAAGGCAACACCGCAUUUGCUAAGCAUGAUUGGCCUACUGCGAUCGAUUUCUAUACACAGGCCAUUGAGCAAUAUGACAAGGAGCCUUCAUUCUUUAGCAACAGAGCUCAGGCUUACAUCAAAAUGGAGGCUUACGGAUAUGCCAUUGCCGAUGCGACCAAGGCCCUCGAACUUGACCCUACGAACGUGAAGGCAUACUGGCGAAGAGCAUUGGCCAACACUGCCAUUCUGAACCCUCGCGCUGCCCUCAAAGACUUCAAAUCCGUCAUUAAACGGGAACCGAACAAUCAGACCGCAAAAUUGAGACUGACGGAGUGCGAAAAGCUGGUGCGCCGAAUGGACUUUGAGAAAGCUAUCGAGGUGGCCGAGCCAGCUUCUGCGUUUGAGGAUCUCGAUAUCGAUGCGAUUGCCGUCGAGGAUGCGUAUGACGGUGUGCGAUUGGACAAGGACAUGACACAGGAAUUCAUAGAUGAUAUGAUUGAGCGAUUCAAGAAUGGGAAGAAGAUUCAUCGGAAAUAUGCGUUCCAGAUUGUGAAGAAUGUGUUGGAUAUUGUCAGGGCGGAGCCGACGAUGGUGGAGGUUGGUGUUGAAGAGGGUACUAAGCUCACGAUAUGCGGUGAUACACAUGGUCAAUAUUUCGAUCUUUUGGAGAUAUUCCGACUCAACGGCUUCCCCUCUGACACCCAUGCCUACCUCUUCAACGGAGAUUUCGUCGACCGUGGCUCUUGGUCAACUGAAAUAGCCCUCCUCCUCUAUGCAUACAAAUGGUUACGACCAGACAAAUUCUUCCUCAACAGAGGAAACCACGAAACUGACGACAUGAACAAAGUAUACGGUUUCGAAGGCGAGUGCAAAGCCAAGUACAACGAGCACGUCUUCAAAGUAUUCUCCGAAUCUUUCUCAGCAUUACCCCUGGCCACCCUCGUUGGCAGCAAAUACUUUGUCCUGCAUGGCGGUCUCUUCUCUGACGACAAUACCACACUCGACGACAUUCGCAAACUCAACAGACAUAACCAGCGUCAACCUGGCCAAUCAGGUCUCAUGAUGGAGAUGCUCUGGACCGAUCCUCAACCAACUCCUGGCCGUGGCCCAAGCAAGCGAGGAGUCGGUCUCCAGUUCGGUCCUGAUGUCACCAAGCGCUUCUGCGAGAGAAACGGUCUUGAAGCAGUCAUUCGUUCACACGAAGUCAGAAUGGGUGGUUAUGAAGUCGAGCAUGAUGGACGCUGUAUCACCGUGUUUUCUGCACCCAAGUAUUGCGAUACUACGGAAAAUAAGGGUGCUUAUAUCAAUGUUGGACCGGAACUCAAGCUUGAAUACCAUGUAUUCGAAGCCGUUCCUCACCCGGAUAUCAAGCCAAUGAUGGAGUACGACGCAAAGAUGCCACAAUACCUGACGUCGGACAAGACGAGCUUUGCCUCUGUCUCCGCUCAUGAGCGAUUACCCGUCAUUCUCACUGGAGCCAUUGACGAUCUCCACCGCACCGUCGGCGAUGUCCCUACCGCAAACGAAGAAAAGCGCGCUGAAGGGAAGAGCAUCAUCGAAGAGCUAGCCAAGCUGAAAUAUGAAUUACAACAUAACCGGCAAUUGACCCCCCUUCUCGACGAUGGCGAACCUGAUAUCGCCGAGUACAACGACGAAUUGGAGAAGCGCGGCAAUCCGAAGUGGCACGAUGUCCCAUGGCUUUACUCAGAAUGUUAUCUCUACCGACGGAUUGCAACUCUCUUCAAACGCUCCCAAUUCUGGAAAGGAUACGACGUCUUCUCGCGCCAGAAAAUGUCCACCUUCAAAUCUUCGCGCCCCGCUGUUCUCGAAUUAGCAGCGCGAUACAAAGCACUCGCUCUUGAGGCCGAGAAACAAUCCAAAGACGGACUGUCGGAGGAACGGAUUGAGGAAGCCGAGCGCAUCAUCUUCACUGAGAUGUGCGAGAUCUGUCUCUGGGGAAACGCUACCGAUCUGUCGCUGCUUACAUCCCUCACUUACGAAGAUAUUCAAAAAUUGCAGGGCUCUGAAGCCCGCAAGGCGUCUGAGAAGAAUAUUCUUGUCAACGAUAUUGCAGCAGCAUACAACGUGCUCCGAGACGCACGAAAAACCAAAAAGGCCAGCGAAGAACGAAGAGUUGAUAUUGUCCUCGACAAUGCCGGGUUUGAGUUAUUCGUCGACCUAAUUCUUGCCGGUUAUUUGCUAUCAACUGGUCUCGCUACAACCGUUGUGCUACGGCCCAAAGUUAUACCCUGGUUUGUCUCCGAUGUCGUCCCCAAAGAUUUCGCGGACUUGAUUACUGCAAUCGCGAACCCACAAGCAUUUUAUACCGCGGCCGACGAUUCCGGUCGUGAAUACCCCCCUCUCUCAGAAGAGGAGUUGAGUAAUGUUCAGUUCCUCUUUGGGCAAUGGAGCACAUUCCAUGCCGAGGGCAAACUGGUGCUUCGUCCGCAUAGAUUCUGGACUGGAGCUGGCUCAUUUUGGCGUCUUCCCAAGACCGCAGAGGAUCUGUAUGAGGAUCUGAAGGAGCCUGAACUCGUGCUUUUCAAGGGCGAUCUUAACUACCGCAAGUUGACCAGCGACGCUGCGUGGGACCCAACAACCCCCUUCACCGAAGCUAUAGGACCUUUGGGCCCCAAAUCCGGGAUCCGAAUCCUCUCAUUCCGUACCUGCAAAGCGGAUGUCGUCGUCGGUCUCAAACCAGGUGAAGAUGAGCGUCUGCGCCAGUUGCCGGAUGGAGGCGGUGACUCCGGUGCGAGGAAAUGGGCUUGGAGUGGGAAGUGGGCUGUUGUCUCGUUUUCGAAUGGGAAGUUGUAG